CACAUUCUGCAUUUCGAUACAAACCACAACCAGCUGCAGCUGGGUGGGAGGCAAGCAGCAUCAUUAACAAUGGGAAAGAUUGCAUUCUUCGAGGAUAAGAAUUUCCAAGGCCAAAGCCAUGAGUGCAGCACUGACUGUCCUGACCUGCGCUCUUGCUUUGGCUGUUGCAACUCCAUUAGGAUGGAGAGUGGCUGCUGGGUGCUGUACAAGCGUCCCAACUACACUAGCGAGCAUUACAUCCUGAGCUCUGGGGAAUACCCCGAUCAGCAACAUCAUCAUCUUGAUAGCAUCAAGUCAUGUCGCUCUAUCAAAAAUGAGAGGGCCCAGCUCCAGCCAAAUACCACAGAGUGCACCAACCAAGCAGUAAUCAGUCAAAGGCCAACAGAGAAAAAGGAGAGAUAA